UCUCUUUUGUGGUUACGGUCGCGGCGUUGGUGCUGAGCUAUAAAAGCUUUCACAUACCGAAAAUGCAAAACAGUCAAACAGAAAACUUUGAGGCGCGGUGAAUUGUGCGAUCCGAGUUAUUCGAACUCAUACACAAACAAAUACAUACAUAGAAGAAAACAUUUGUGAUUUUUUUUGGUUCUGAUUAGAAAGUGAAUAUAUAUAUACACAAUACAAACACAAGCUGACCAAGUCCAAUUGGUAGAAGCACCAAGAAAACUACAGCGGUGCGCGUGAAAACAACCCGAAACAGAAGCAAGAACAAGAAGCAGCUGCAAACUCAAGAAGUUUUGUAGUUCUAUUUAUCCACAACACACACACAUCAAAGAAACAAAAAUGGCCGAGGCUAAUAAGAGAAAUAUUCCCAUCAAAUUGGGAGACUUCAGCGUUAUCGAUACGGAAUUCAGCAGCAUACGCGAACGCUUCGACUCCGAGAUGCGCAAAAUGGAGGAGGAGAUGGCCAAGUUUCGUCACGAGCUGAUGAACCGUGAGGCGAACUUCUUCGAGUCAACCAGCUCUACUAAAAAAACAACAACUACAACCAGCUCAACGACAAACUCAGCACUGCCAUCGCGAGUACCCAAGCAACAGAAUUACGUGUCGGACAUUAGCUCGCCCUUGAUACAGGAUGAGGGUGAUAGCAAAGUGCUGAAGCUGCGCUUCGAUGUCAGCCAAUAUGCGCCCGAGGAGAUUGUUGUGAAAACUGUCGAUCAGAAGCUGCUGGUGCAUGCCAAGCACGAGGAGAAGUCAGACACAAAGAGCGUGUACAGGGAAUACAAUCGUGAAUUUCUGCUGCCGAAGGGCGUCAAUCCCGAGUCGAUACGCUCGUCCCUCAGCAAGGAUGGUGUCCUGACCGUGGACGCGCCAUUGCCCGCCCUCACUGCUGGCGAAACUCUGAUUCCCAUUGCGCACAAGUGAGGUGGAACAACAACUGGUUGCGGUAGCAUCUUUCAUCCCCCAUGUUGAGGCCAGCUAUCCAAAUAUCCCGUGCGCCGUCAGCGUAUUUCUAGCACCUACUAAAAUCGCAACAGAUGAUUAACCCUUCAGAACUUUUGGGGACAUCACAGAUCAGAAUUCAACAAUUGGCCGCCUAUAUGAUUAUAGAAUUUUUUGUUUUUGCAUUAAAAGCUAAAUAUUAUAAUACUGACUUACUUCUCAUACUUAACUGUAAUAACUUAAGUGUAAUGCAAAUUAUUAUUAAAUUUGAUUAAUUUAAUUGAUAUUUAUAA